AAAAAAGGAAAAAAACAAGUAGUACUCUUGGGCUUCAUACAUUCUCUGUGAGUGUGUGUGGGACUGACUGCGUGUAAAAAACUAAAAAGCCAGCUCUAAUGGACGGAGGAGGAGGAGGCUAUAAUCCUCGAACAGUGGAAGAAGUUUUCAGAGAUUUCAAAGGGCGUCGUGCUGGCAUGAUCAAAGCUCUCACUAAAGAGGUUGAAGUUUUUUACCAGCUUUGCGAUCCUGAGAAGGAAAAUCUUUGCCUUUAUGGUUUUCCUAAUGAGCAGUGGGAAGUUAAUUUGCCUGCUGAAGAGGUGCCUCCAGAGCUUCCUGAGCCUGCAUUAGGGAUAAAUUUUGCCAGGGAUGGAAUGCAAGAAAAGGACUGGUUGGCCCUUGUUGCUGUGCACAGUGAUGCGUGGCUAUUUGCUGUUGCCUUCUAUUUUGGGGCCAGAUUUGGUUUUGAUAAAGCUGACAGGAAACGGCUCUUUGGUAUGAUAAAUGAUCUCCCAACAAUUUUUGAAGUUGUAACUGGAGCUGCCAAGAAGGAACUUCAAGAGAAAUCAUCUGCCUCAAAUCAUAGCAGCAGCAAAUCCAAGUCAAACUCAAAACCGAGCAAGUACUCAGAGGUCCAAGAAAAGGACGAGGAUGAAGGCUUAGUAGAUGAAGAAGAAGAUGAGGAUCAUGGGGAGACAUUGUGUGGAGCAUGUGGGGAGCACUAUACCUCAGAUCAAUUUUGGAUCUGUUGUGAUGUGUGUGAAAGGUGGUUCCAUGGCAAGUGUGUCAAGAUCACUCCUGCGCGGGCUGAGCAUAUCAAGCAGUAUAAAUGCCCAUCUUGCAGCAACAAAAGAUCGCGUCCUUGAUAUAUUUUAUGUGAAGGUGUGGUGUUGGGUCUCAGGUUCUGUAAUUGCCCCAAUUUUAGACUGUAGCUAACCAUCUAGCUGGCUGGUCAUUACCUAAGCGUGACGGAAAUGUCUCUGUGUUAGUGUCAUAAUCUUGUUUAAACUUGUUUCUGGGUAAUAUUUUCUAGCUUAAACUCUUGGACACCUUUGAUGUGACCCUGAUUUAAUUAUGUAGAGAUUUUAUCAUUUUAGGGAACUAGGGGUGAAGCUUCCUUGAUUAAUGGUGAUGCUAUGAAAUUUUGCAGGUUGUGAUUCUGCAAGUUUUAUAAUAGAGACUCACACUUUCUCUCUU